AUGGCUUCCAUUUGGGGAAACGACAAGCAUCAACAUAACAACAACAAUGGAAAGUUGCCGGCAUGGAAAAGGCUGUCCAGCUUGGUGAGGCGAGGUUCUAACAAACGCAGCAGCAACGGCCACGCGUAUGCACCGUCGCUGCAGAAGGUGCCAUCAGGACACCGUGUCUUGGAGACGUCCGUAUCGACGCCGCACUUGCUGGGAAAACACAAUGGCGAUGCCAAAAACGUCGCCGGAGAUGUUGGCAACGUCGGCAACAUCAGUUCCCUAAAAGCGCCAUUACUCGAGGUCAAUCUAGAACCUCUUCGGUCCUACAGGCUUUCCGACGGCUGGCUCGACAAUGACGACCCGCCUCCUCCAACACCACCACCCAAAGACGACCUGAUAAUCGGUAGAGAUUCCAAACGCAACAGCUCCACGCCCAUCGCCGACCUGUUCUCCAAAAGCACGGAUCAGCUAGCCACCGCGCUGCAGACCAUCAGUCGGAAGCCAGUCCCACCCAAGCCCGAGCCGUCAAUUCCCGAGCCGGCAGUCCCAGAACCAUCAAUCAUCGCCGAGCCGUCAAUACCAGAUACCAGCAAUGAAACUAAAUCUAUAUCCCAACAACCUCAGAGGCAAUUGUCCACGGCCAGCGAUACGAGAGGUCGCCGUCCGUUGACAAUUUCCGUCGAUCAUGAUGCUUCAGCUUCGGUGGCAGGUCAACCCAUACGCAUCUCUCUCCGCGACUCAAGCGUUGGUUUCGAAGGCGAAACCAAACCCACACAUAAGAGACAACAUUCUGCCCGCAAACCCAUCAGGGCCUCAUGGGCUGGCAGCAGCGGCGGCCAAACUGUGCCUACCUCACCAUUGGAAGCCGCUCCUUCGGAUGGUGCCGGGAAAUCCUCCGUCAAGCAGGUGAACCUGCUCAGAUCCGUCGGCAACAACACCUCAGGAAUGCGAGUGACGGGUGCUUCCAGUGGUACCGGCAGUAGUGUCGACGACGUCAUCAAACGCCACUCGAUGCCCUCGCCAACGGAGCUGCAGUUUGCUAGCGCCAACCUCAACCGCACUAAGGACACCAUCGGCACGCGCACCUCUUCGCCCGUGACGGCUCUGAGGCCACCACUUGCCCCUGCGGAUGACGCGCGCAGGCGGACAUGGCAGCCACCAGUCUCUCCGGCCCUCACAAACAGCAGUACCAACAGCAGGCGGUCCGUGUCGGGCAGCCGCCCGCCGUCGACGGCGCUCACCUCGAGCCGUCUGGCGUGGAUCCGCGAGCUCGAGGGAGGACGCAAGAACAAGUCCAUGUCUGGCUCCGACAGCAAGGCCCUCAGGGACGUCGGAGGCGGCGUGGCCGGCAAGCUCGCCAUGUUUGAGCAGAAGCAGCAGCAGGUCAAGCCACCGAGCUCGGUGCUCGGUCGGUCCAACUCCAACACCAGUCGGGCCAGCCGCAUGUCUGUAUCUGUGGUUGGUGCCAGCUCUAACGAAGAUGAUGUUCCCACGACCAGGCGGACCUCGGUCGAGUCGACGCGGUCGGCUGUUGCCCCCGUCAUGGCGUACUACGACCAGGCAUUCCGCGAGAAGAUGGAGGGUGUGACACAGCUGGCGAGCAAGCGAUUGAACGGCGAGGACGACAAGCUCGAGUCGCAGCAGGACGGGCUGAGGAAGGUUACGGCUCGUCUGGUCGAUCUGGACACGGCUAAGAAGACUGCCAAGACGGCCGGCGAGGAGAAGAAGCCGGCGGAAGAGCAGCCUGUUGUGAAGCCGGCGGAAGAGCAAACUGUUGAGAAGCCAGUGGAAGAACAGACUGUUGCUAAGCCAGUUGAAGAGCAGAUCGUUGAGAAGCCCGUGGAAGAACAAACUGCUGCUGAGCCCACGGAAGAGGAGCCAGUGUCCAAGUCGGCAGAGGAGCCCGUGGUCGAGCCAGUUGAGGAACAAUCUGUUUCUAAGCCGGCGGAAGAGGAGGUUGUUGUGAAGCCCGCCGAAGUGCAGCCGGAGGCUGUGCCGAUGGCAGAGUCGGUGGCCACAUUGGUUGAAGAGCCUCUGGUGGCCGAGCCAGUGGAGAGCAGCCAGGAGCAGGAGAAGUCGCUGGAGCAAGAGGCUGAGCAGGCUGUACCAAAACCGGAUGAGGAGCAGAUUGUGGAAGAGCAAGCCGAAGCGAACGUGGAGGUCAAGUCAGAGGACAAGGCAGAGGAGAAAGUUGUGGAGAAGACAGCUGAGAAGGUGGAGUUGCCAGUAGAGCCGUUGGCAUCUUCGGAUCCUCUCAAGAUGUAA